UUCAAACAUGUUCUUUGUGAACGUUUUACUCAUUAAUGACUUCAUUUACCUCUUAUGCAGUCCUUAAGCAAACUGGGCAGGGCUAACAGCAGCAGAUGUAUUCUGUUACAGCAUGUCAAGGACUUCAUCUGUCCUCUUCAGUCAAAUAAAGAAACAUGUUUGUUUCAGUCUUUCUGAUAUGGCUUUUUGUUUGGUUUAUCUUCAUCCUAUUCAAAUCUCAGAGGCCAAAAAACUUCCCACCAGGACCCACCAUCUUGCCUGUACUGGGGAACCUUUUGAACUUGAGCCUAGAGAACCCACUGAAGGACUUUGACAGGCUGAGCAAAUCUUAUGGAAAAGUCUUCAGUAUUUACAUCGGUCCAAAACCAGCUGUGGUCAUUAAUGGGCUGAAGGCCAUCAAAGAAGCCAUUGUGAUCAAGGCUGCUGAUUUCUCUGGACGACCUCAAGACUUAUUUGUCAACGAUGUGACCAAGAGGAAAGGAAUGAUUCUGGCUGAUUAUGGCCCAAGCUGGCGGGAGCAUCGCCGCUUUGCUCUGAUGACUUUGAGGAAUUUUGGUCUGGGGAAGAAGUCAAUGGAGAACAGAAUUAAUGACGAGAUUCAAUACACUAUUAAAACACUGGAGAGCAGUAUCGGUAAAACUCUGUGUCCUCGGGUCAUGUUUCAUAACGCAGCCUCCAACAUCAUCUGCCAGGUUCUGUUUGGAACACGCUACGAGUAUGAUGAUGACAUGAUCAAAGUGAUUGUUCAGUGCUUCACUGAAAAUUCCAAGAUAGCCAAUGGAGUGUGGGCUAUGAUAUACGAUUCUCUUCCUAUUAUUCAUAACCUUCCACUGCCAUUCAGAAAGGCUUUUAAAAAUGCUGAGAUUUGCGAGAACUAUGUUAUCCAUUUGGUGAACGAGUUCAAGAAGACCAGAGUUCCUGGGGAGCCUCGACACUUUGUUGACUGUUAUCUGGAUGAACUGGAAAAGAGAGGCGAUGAUGGUUCUUCCUUUUCAGAAGCACAGCUCAUAAUAUACAGCCUAGAUCUUCACUUCGCUGGGACUGACACUACCUCCAACACCCUGCUUACAGGAUUUCUUUAUCUGAUGAAUUACCCACAUGUUCAAGAACGAUGUCAGCAAGAGAUAGACCAGGUCCUGGAGGGGAAGGAUCACGUCAGUUAUGAGGACAGAAACAACAUGCCUUAUGUCCAGGCUGUGAUCCAUGAAAUUCAGAGGAUUGCCAACACUGUUCCUCUCAGCGUCUUCCACUGCACAACUAAGGACACAGAGCUCAUGGGAUAUUCCAUUCCCAAAGGUACAAUGAUCAUCCAGAACCUGAAUUCAGUGCUGAGGGAGGAAGGACAGUGGAAAUUCCCUCAUGAAUUUAAUCCUGAAAACUUCCUAAAUGAACAGGGCGAGUUUGUCAAACAAGAGGCAUUCAUGCCUUUCUCUGCAGGUCCUCGGAUGUGUCUUGGAGAGGGCCUGGCUCGUAUGGAACUUUUCCUUAUGAUGGUGACUCUGCUGAGGAAGUUUAAGUUCAUCUGGCCGGAAGAUGCAGGAAAACCAGACUUCACCCCAGUCUAUGGAGUCACUUUGACACCCAAACCUUAUCAUAUGAAGGUCCAACUGAGAUCAAAACAGAGAGGAGCAGAAACAGAUGAGAAAAUAUACGAUUCUCUUCCUAUUAUUCAUAACCUUCCACUGCCAUUCAGAAAGGCUUUUAAAAAUGCUGAGAUUUGCGAGAACUAUGUUAUCCAUUUGGUGAACGAGUUCAAGAAGACCAGAGUUCCUGGGGAGCCUCGACACUUUGUUGACUGUUAUCUGGAUGAACUGGAAAAGAGAGGCGAUGAUGGUUCUUCCUUUUCAGAAGCACAGCUCAUAAUAUACAGCCUAGAUCUUCACUUCGCUGGGACUGACACUACCUCCAACACCCUGCUUACAGGAUUUCUUUAUCUGAUGAAUUACCCACAUGUUCAAGAACGAUGUCAGCAAGAGAUAGACCAGGUCCUGGAGGGGAAGGAUCACGUCAGUUAUGAGGACAGAAACAACAUGCCUUAUGUCCAGGCUGUGAUCCAUGAAAUUCAGAGGAUUGCCAACACUGUUCCUCUCAGCGUCUUCCACUGCACAACUAAGGACACAGAGCUCAUGGGAUAUUCCAUUCCCAAAGGUACAAUGAUCAUCCAGAACCUGAAUUCAGUGCUGAGGGAGGAAGGACAGUGGAAAUUCCCUCAUGAAUUUAAUCCUGAAAACUUCCUAAAUGAACAGGGCGAGUUUGUCAAACAAGAGGCAUUCAUGCCUUUCUCUGCAGGUCCUCGGAUGUGUCUUGGAGAGGGCCUGGCUCGUAUGGAACUUUUCCUUAUGAUGGUGACUCUGCUGAGGAAGUUUAAGUUCAUCUGGCCGGAAGAUGCAGGAAAACCAGACUUCACCCCAGUCUAUGGAGUCACUUUGACACCCAAACCUUAUCAUAUGAAGGUCCAACUGAGAUCAAAACAGAGAGGAGCAGAAACAGAUGAGAAAUGAUGAGAAGAACAAAACAAUUCCAAAUAAUCAAUGUUUUUUUGUACUGCUGCUAAACCGAGUUUAACUAAAAAAAAAUCUUUUCACAACCAAAU